CUAUUGGUAUGUAUGCAAGAUUUUUUUAAUUGUAUUUGGCUUCUUCAGCAUAUCGGAAAAACAAGUCGCCAUUUUUUAACAGCAGCUGCAGCCUUAGUUUCCAAAUAGUAUUUUCGCGUUCGUAUCUAAAACAAGAGUAGAGAGGAUUAAUAAUGACUGGCCGUGGAAAAGGAGGAAAGGGUUUAGGAAAAGGUGGUGCAAAACGCCAUCGUAAAGUUUUGCGUGAUAACAUUCAAGGUAUCACCAAACCGGCAAUUAGACGUUUAGCAAGGCGAGGUGGUGUCAAACGUAUAUCGGGUCUUAUAUAUGAAGAAACCCGUGGCGUCUUAAAAGUAUUUUUGGAAAACGUCAUUCGUGAUGCAGUAACCUAUACUGAACACGCUAAACGUAAAACUGUCACCGCUAUGGAUGUUGUUUAUGCCUUGAAGCGUCAAGGGCGCACUUUGUACGGUUUUGGCGGUUAAUGAGCAGAUUGUCAUCAGCACAAUUCAAUAUUUGGGCACGAAGAGUAUUUUUCCAUUUAUUUAUCUUCUUAUAUAUAAUUACAGGUUUUUCGUCUUAUAUAUUUACCAGUAAUACAUAUGUAUUUAUGACAGAUUCGAAUAUUUCCACUUGACUAAUACAUUUGCAACCAAUAAUUCAAUUUAAUGUAGUAGAACUUUCGCUAAGGAAAUAAAUUGCAAUUUGUCCAAAACGAUAA